UGCAUAAUACCUUGGUCAGUGGGCCUCCCUUAUGAGGAUCUAUAUUUUGAAAUCAGGAUAUGUAGAUUCUGGGUCCCCCUCUGUUGGGUCCAGCAGAUCAUGGAAGUCCAUGGAAAUGGAAAUCCAAUCCUUGCUUGAGAAGCUAUUGGAUAUAAAUGAUGCAAUGAGUCGAUGUGCUGCAUCUGCUGCACCAGCAACUUCUGUAACUCAGAAGCUUGCAAGGCAUAGAGAUAUUCUACUUGAGUUUACCCAGGAAUUUAGAAGAAUCAAGGGAAACAUAAACUCAAUGAAGUCGCAUGCAGAGCUUCUGAGUUCAGUCAGGGAUGAUAUUAGUGAGUAUAAGGUUAGUCUGGUUAAAAGCUCUUCCUUAUCUUGUAUCAUCAACUAUUUCUGUUUUUCUUUAAUUGUUGCUAUUUAUUUUGGUCAUUGUGUUGCGAAACAUGUUGAAUAUCUCUAGGCAGCUUGAAGUUUUAUUAAAUUAUGAUCAUAUAUGAGUUUGGAGAUCAGUAUCAGUUUGUGUGGGGAACCUACCAUUUUACUACUACAGAGCAAAGUUGCAACUUCAACAAUGUAACUUUGUAUUAUAUUUUGACUGAACUUUGUUUGUGCUAUGGAUAGUGUAGAAGUUUGUUUGUUCCCUUGCAGUGCUCUUUCUCCCUGUUGUCAAUGCCGGUAUGUGUCAAUGCCGGUAUGGUGCUUGUUGAGCCUUGACAGAUAAGAUAAUUAAAAAUGGAUAGGAUUGUCUAAGGUAUCAAUCGAAGGAGUGCAG